AUGAAUUUCCUGAUUGUGACCUUGAUUUUCUGUGGGUUGCUGCCUCAGUUGACCACAGUUCAUGCCUCAGCUUCCCAGAGAGUUAAGAUUACAGCUGCCUGGAAUGUACCAAAAUGCUGGGAUAAUAUGGGCCACUGCCGAAGACGAUGUUUAGAUAAUGAAAGGUAUAAGCUUCUUUGUAAGAACAAGGUAUCAUGCUGCAUUCCCAUACGAAAGUCAUAUGAUGACACUCCAAGGCCACUACCUCCCUUGAACCCCAUACAGCAUAUAACAAUUGAUGUAGGUGAUUGGAGUCCUGUUUCACCAGGAUUGAAUGAUGAGAUAACAUUUGGUGACAAUGAACACGAAGAAAUCUCAAUAACAACAACUGAGCCUUUUAAUUCUGAGAAAUUAAAGUCCAUGGCACCACCUUCUGAGAAGACUAUUGGCAACUAAAAAUACUGCAGAAAAGCCUAUCCAGGGAGCUAAUUCUACCAAUCUAACUUCACUGGAAUAAUUCUAUCAAACACUGGCUGACCAAGAGGAUAAAGGUCAUGAGG